GAUAUCAACACCACUACAACUCCCACACCAAUUGAUCAAGUGCCGAUAUCUGCGACUGUAAUUGUUUCCUCCCAUAACAUCCUUACACCAAGAAAACGUAGCCUAGGUGGUCAUCGCUUUAAAGGGGGGCGCAAGGGAGUUAUCCAAUUAGUUUCAAGUUAGGGUCUAUUGCCUCCUUUCACAGGAUUUCUCAUCAAUUGUCCGUCAAAUCCAAUAGAUAACCAAGUAUGAAUAUCGUGAAACUACAAAGAAAGUUCCCAAUCCUCAACCAGGAGGACCUGUUUGGUCUCAUUGAGCAAUUCAGAGGACUCGACACUGAGGAUAAAGGUUACGUUGAAAAGCAGGACGUUAUUGAACAGCUGUCCAACUCUGGUGAAAGCUCAUAUGAUGAUGUCCGUCAAACUUUGAAACAAGUGUCUGUUGACUCCUCAGGCCGUGUUGAAUUGGAUGACUACGUUGAAUUGGUUGCAAAGAUUAGAGAGAACAAGAGUGCACCACAGAGCACCACAACUUCUUCCCCUUCAAAGAUUCAACACAAGGGUACAGGUGCCAAGGCUUCAAUUAUCGUUGGUGGAUCGCAAUCAGGUACGACACACACCAUCAACGAAGAAGAGAAGACCGAGUUCACAAAGCACAUCAACAGCGUCCUCGCAGGUGAUCCAGACGUUGGUGAUAGAAUCCCAAUUCCAACUGAUACUUUCCAGAUUUUUGACGAGUGUAAAGAUGGUUUGAUUCUAUCCAAGUUGAUCAACGAUUCCGUCCCUGAUACUAUUGAUACAAGAGUCUUGAACUUCCCAAAGAAGGGUAAAUCUUUGAAUAAUUUCACCAUCUCUGAAAACGCCAACAUCGUCAUCAACUCUGCCAAGGCCAUUGGUUGUGUUGUUGUCAACGUCCAUUCAGAAGACUUCAUCGAAGGUAAAGAACACUUGAUCUUGGGUUUAAUCUGGCAGAUCAUUAGAAAGGGUUUGUUGAAUAAGAUUGAUAUCAAAUUGCACCCAGAGUUGUACCGUUUGUUGGAGGAUGAUGAAACUUUGGAACAAUUCUUGAGAUUGCCACCAGAGCAGAUCUUGUUGCGUUGGUUCAAUUAUCACUUAAAGGCUGCUGGCUGGGAAAGAAGAGUCACCAAUUUCUCCAAGGAUGUCUCUGAUGGUGAGAACUACACAGUGUUGCUCAACCAGUUGGAUCCACAAUUGUGUUCUUUGGCUCCUUUGCAAACACAGGAUUUGUUAACAAGGGCUGAACAAGUUCUUCAGAACGCUGAGAAGCUUGAAUGUAGAAAAUAUUUAACACCAUCUGCAUUGGUUAAAGGAAAUCCAAAGUUGAACUUGGCCUUUGUUGCACACUUGUUCAAUACUCACCCAGGUUUGGAUCCGAUUGAGGAGAAUGAAGCUCCAGAGAUUGAAGAAUUUGAUGCUGAAGGUGAAAGAGAAGCUAGAGUGUUCACUCUUUGGUUGAACUCAUUGGAUGUCGAUCCGCCAGUGGUUUCUCUGUUUGAGGAUUUGAAAGAUGGUACCAUUCUUCUUCAAGCCUUUGAGAAAGUCAUGCCUGGUUCGGUUAACCAAAGGCAAAUCAACAAGAGACCAACAAGUGGUAAUGAGAUCUCAAGAUUCAAAGCUUUGGAGAACACAAACUAUGCUGUUGAAACAGGUAAGGCAAACCACUUCUCACUUGUCGGUAUUGAAGGUUCAGAUAUCACCGAUGGUAACAAACUAUUGACACUUGGUUUGGUUUGGCAAUUGAUGAGACGUAACAUUGUGUUGACUCUUAAGUCCCUUUCAAGCACUGGACGUGAUUUGACAGAUGCCGACAUCCUGAAAUGGGCAAAGGAGAAGAUCUCCAAAGGUGGUAAGACAACCACCGUUAGAUCCUUUUCUGACUCUUCAAUCUCCACUGCACACUUCCUCUUGGAUAUCUUGAAUGGUAUGAAACCAGGGUAUGUGGAUUACAACUUGGUUCACCCAGGCUCUACAGAAGAGGAGAGAUACGCAAACGCAAGAUUGGCCAUUUCCAUUGCAAGAAAGAUGGGCGCAUUGAUCUGGCUUGUUCCAGAGGAUAUCAACGAGGUUCGUUCAAGAUUGAUCUUCUCCUUUGUUGGUUCAUUGAUGGCUCUUGAACAUUAA